AUGGGUGGCGACGACACCCGGGGGUUGGGAACACCCUCACACAAGCCCUCUGGAGUUCCCGAAGACCCCUCUGACGCGAGCACCGAGUGGGACCUCUCAGGCGAAGCUUUCCAGGACUUCAGACCCUACCAGGUGGAGGAGGCCUUUGAUCCCGAGGGCUGGAAUCUCGCUAUUGAUGAUCUGUGCCAUGGUGGGAAGCAAGAGGACGGGCUGCCGAGUGUUCGAGGUCCCAAGAACUGGGAGUUCCUGAUCCGCCUGCUAGCAAACCCGCGAUCGAACCCUUCCUUGAUCCGCUGGGAAGACGAGUCCAGAGCAAUCUUCCGCUUGGUGCAGCCCUACGCCAUCGCCAAACUCUGGGCUUCGCGCACCUCACACGCUCCGCCCUUGAGUUAUAAUAACUUUGCUAGAGGAUUAAGGUAUCACUACAACAAAGGCGCUUUGGAGGCCGUGUCGGAGAAGCAACUUGUUUACCGUUUCGGCCCGAAAGGCUUAAGAUUCCUCCGUGAUCUGCGUCUCGGGUCUUCCUGA